CCGCCCGGCAAUAUUUGUUUACAUUCUCGCCUAAUCGGGCGACGCUCGCCCUUCGCUCUCUUUCUUUUUCAUCCCUUCGUCCCCGUUGCCACAAUUCCAUCAUUCCACGGCCAGCGUCUUCCAUCCUUUCCUGAAUUCAAUUCACACCGCUCGCGUCCCAUCAUCAUGGCGGUUCGACGGUCCGCCCGCCUGCGUAAUCGCCAGGCUUCGAAUGAACCGCAGCCGCCCGCGUCGCCUGUCAACAACACCACCACUACUACCGAAACCAACCACAAGAACAACAAACUCCCCUCCGUCAUGGAACGCGAAGAAACUCCCGCCGACGUUCCCUCUAACCACACCACCACCACCGCCGCUACUCCAAAGUCCACAACUGAUGUCCGCACCCCACACAAGGCCACUCCUGCUCAAAAGCAAACCCCGGCGAAAACACCCACCAGUGCAGUCACUCGUCCAUCUCACCAAGAGAUGCAUCCCAGCAAGGUCCAUCAAAGCACCACCAAGCAGGCGGACUCGGGCCUGAUCCUCGGUUUUAACCCGAUUAAGAAAGAUGCCGAAGGGAAUGUGAUGAAAGAUUCUCUAGUCGAGACUACCCCCAGCAAGACAAAGGCCUCGCCCGCUUCGGCAUACUACGGCACGCCCGCCUUCGAGUUCAAGUUUUCUUCCGCGGACUCCCAGCUAAGCGAUGAAGCCAAGAAGCUCAUGGAGAGCGUGCGCGAGGAUGUUGCUAGAAUCAAAGCUCAGAUGGUUCAGGAGAAGGAGAGCCAGCCCGACCAAGGUGGUAAUGACCAGGCAGAAUCUCGCAGGAUCGCCGAACCAAAGGGCCAGGCCAACCGAUUCAGCGCUGCUCAUAUGGCUGAAUUCAAGAAGAUGGAUUCAAUUGCUGGACACGCGUCGGCCUUCCGCGCCACUCCCGGUCGCUUCCAGCCUGUCCAAAAGACUCUCAAGCGGACACGGUUGGAUGAGUCCAACCAAAAUUCGCCCACCAAAUCGACGACUAAAUCGACGACUAAAUCGCCUGCCCCUGCUCCAGUUAGUGCCAAGCGCGUUAAACAUGACAAGGGCGAUGACACCUCCACUCGCCGUCAGACGGUUGGUGAGAAGAGCGCGUCAAGGCCAGCUGCGAGUCGCACGAGGCCUGCGAUCCGCAGUUCUUUGAUGACUCCUACUCGAGCCUCCAUGGCGCGUACUUCGGCCACCAGCCUCAAACCCUCUCGCACCAGCAUGCUCCCUCGACCAUCUCUUGCACAUUCCCCUACUUCGAAGCAGUCGACAACCCCGCGCACACCCCGCACGGACUUCAACCCUCGAUUCAAGAGCGGCUUGCCCCAGUUGAACCUAAAGUCGAUCCUUCGUCCCCAUCAGCCUUUGUUUUCGAAAGACCCCGCGAAGAUCGCAGCAGGAACACAUGUGGCAGCCCCGGAAUUCAGUUCCAACUUCCUUUUGGGCAGAACCCGCGAUGCUUCGGAGGAGCCUGCAGUGACCCCAUCACCGAAGAAACGUGUUGAGUUCUCCUCCAGCACUAGAUUGCAGGAUGAUGAAGCUCUGCCAUCCCCUUCGCCCUCCAAAUUAACCACCGGCUCUCCGUCCCGGGUUGUAUCGGAUGUUGUAUAUCCCACUUUGCCCACUUUGACACCGGAUCAUGCUGCAAAGAAGUCCGGUACCGAGAUCAAGUCGCCCACCAUCCGUCACGUCCGUCAAUCAGAUGCCCCUACCAGUCUCUCUAUACCGGAUAUCCCCGGCGUUCCACAUGGAAUCGGCAGCAAGAAGCGACACCGCGACACGGAAGCCACUCAUGAUCCGUCCCUUCCCGAUGUUCCAGGUGUGCCUCAUGGCAUCGGCAACAAGAAGAGACAUCGAGAUGCAGCUGGGAGAGAUGUUGACACCGAGAAUGUACCGCCAGCCGACACCGCCGCAGAAAACCGCAGUGCGAAGAGAGUCAAGCUGAGUUCCCCAUCGAAGCUCUCGCCGUUCAAGUUCUCCCCAUCGAAGAUGCCAAACCCUAGCCCCUCCAAGGCGCGUUCACACACCCCUCUCCGGUCGACCAUAAGUGCUAGUCGAACGGGAACCCCGGCCAGCGCACGACAGAGGAGCCGGAAUGCGCUGACCAUGAGCCGGCUGAAUGCGCUUGCUCAGCCAAAGAACCGCUCUUAAUCGUUCCUUGUCCACCAUAACGAACCACUUGGAACUGCCACGACCAGUUAUUGCAAUUUACGAGAGUUUUGAGUCGCACAUAGAUGCCAUUUCGACUUUGAGAACCUUCUUUCAGAUUCCCCAGAUCCUCAGUUCCUUUUUUUUUUUCCCACGUAGAUUAUACCAAAUCACCGAUCAGUCACUGUAUUUACUUGUUUCGUCGGUUCUGACGUUUCUCUCCUUUUGGGCCUGGUCUCUUUUCGCCUAUCUACCUAUCAAUGGGUAUUUGAUUCUUGUCACACGCAGGCGUUCGGAGGCAUCCGGUAUGCAGGUUCUGGACGGCGUUUGUCAUCUUUUUGUUUUGCCUACUAUCUCUUGUGGACAGUAGAUCUCCAUACUUUUAUGGUGCUUGUUGGUUGAUCGGUUGAUAUUGUUGAAAUAAUGAACGUCCUACAACUGGUUUCAGUGCUUUUAUUUCCGAUCUUGUUUCCAUCUACAAUGUCCGUGUAUAAGAUCGUUCCAAUUAAUCAAUUCUUCAUACCAUACAUCUACCCAGUAA